AUGAGAGUCCCAAUCCUGUUCCAUGCGCAAUUGCGGUCUGCGCUUCCCCGACCCGUGCGGAGAGAGCUCUGCAACAGCUUGGCUUUUCUCCGAACCAAGACGACUCAUAAUGCCCCUCGACUUGCUAAAACAGAAAGCUCGAAUCCAAAAUCUAAAGAGAACACAAUCAAUGCCACGCGAAGCUCCCUACCCUCUUUCCCGCACACAAAAACCGCCAUUCGAAAAGGACCCCCGGAGAAGAUAUUGAUAUACCAUGGAGGAACCGGCCGCACAAUAUUCUUGGGAAUGCUGCGGAUAACGACCAUCUUCCUUUUUGGCGUCAGUUGUCUGGUUGUCGCUCCUGCUUUCAUGUCGGCCGACUUCCCAUCAUAUGUAGGGCCAGCUAUCAUCAUUGGCGGCGCGCUACCGAUGCUAUUCGUAUCUUAUACUUCCGCUCCUUUCGUCAACUUUGUUCACCUCGCUCUCCCCGUCUCCGUUCGACGAUCGCGGGAGCAAGCCCUACAAUACGCCAAGCAACUUCCUCCAACCGCCACUUUGUAUAUCAAUACUAUGAAGUUUACAACAAUUCCGCGGCAGACACAGGUCAGGUUGGGGGAUCUUGUGCCUGACAAGUCCAAGGUCCGCCCUGUGAGCUUUCGGAAUCAGAAUCCGGCUCCCCUGCCAUGGUGGCGAGGGAAAACCCUACGCCAGUUCUACACAACGGAGAAAAGCAAGCCGGGGAGGGAGUCAACCACUUUCUAUCCAGAGCUUUGGGAACACGUCUACAAACAGAUCUGCAAUCGUUCCCCGAAGAGAAAAUAA